AUGGGGUUACAAUUAUUUUCAAUAUUUCAACCUUGGACCAUAAUGUCUACGCAACCACCCGGCUACGUCGAGAUCCCAACUCUCUAUGACGAAACCCACCGCGGCAAGUGGGCUCUCAUGCCUAACAUCGCAAGCAUAGGCAACAACGCGAACCUCAUCGGAUACUUGGAGCAUCAUGACCCCAGCACGGACGGCAGUUUCGCCAUUUGUUUGGCGGGAGGGUCGGGGAACUUCGUGUCAAAGGCGUUGUACGACUCGAUCCCCGAAGCCCACCGUCCCGCCUUGAACACCGACGAGGACGUCGAUGUCUCCUUCAGCCUCCUCGGUUCUACGCAGAAGGCCCUCGGGAGCGUCAUUAUGCCCCUCGUCCUCAUCAACUACGAAACCAACACCCGCUUCCGCAUCAAGCUGCACGCGUUGGUCAUGCCCCGCCUCUUGAUGGGGAUGUUCAUCGGGACCACGACGGCGAAGCCGUACCUGCGCACGACGCAGUAUUUGCCUAGAAAUGGGGGUGACCUGCGAGUGGCGCCCGAUGAGUUGUAG